CCCACUUGCCGCAACAUCGACCCCGAGUUUAUUGCGAUUUCCCAAGGCUGCAGUAACUGCUUUGCGCUUUCUCUCCAUACAAUAAUCCUCCUAAUCCGACAGAUCCAACCCACUAUUACCGUCACCGUUGAAGCAUAUUGAUUCAAGAGCUGUUAUCGCACAGUUUGUUUGCAAAGCUUCUUUCUUAUCUCCACAUAAUCGCGCAAAGUAAAGAAACAAAGCAGCGCCACACGUAGAACAUAUCGACCGUCUCCCAACUGUCGCAAUGCCGGGCCUUACACUCAAUACCGAAGGCACCACAACGGCCUCAGGGUCGGCCGCUACGCCCAUAUACCCUCCUCAAAGCGCCGCCAACCAACACGCGCCCACACCCGUCCCCGUACCCACGCUCCCGACCAACAUCUCCAACUCCGCCGCUGCUAGCAGUAAUACCAACAAGCGACCAUCCCCAUCACGCGACUCCUCGCCUCAACGACCACCCUAUAGUCCCAUAACCCCGCCUCUCAACCCUCUCGCGAUUCCUCCGCGACCAAACUACACACACAGCACACAGAAAGACCAACAAGCGAUACCACCUCCACCACCUGAGCCCAUCGACUUUGACACGAACCCCGAUAUCCUCGCGCUCAAGUCCGCGAUCUCUAUCCUGCAGAUGCAACGGCGUAAAGCGCAAGCCGACAUGGCGGCACUUAGCCGGGCUAAGAACGCCGCGCUUGCUGAGCCGGAAGCCUUUGUGCGCGACCUAACGUCUGGACGUAUCGCCGUGGAAGGGGAUAGGCUCUUUGUUAGUGGUGACGGGGAAGACUCAAGUUCGGAGGACGAUGAUGAGGAUGAGGUUAUGGAGGGAACGGAGAGAAGUGCUGCUGGCCAGCAAGCUCCUCCUAGUACCGCAAACGGUGAACAAUCACAACAACAAGCACAUCCUAAUAUUAGUACAAAUCCAAAUACAAUCUCAGACUCAGCAGGUCCGAGUUUAACUAUUAAAACCGACCCCGACGCUACAAAUCUAGAACAGCUACAACCACCCUCCCAACCUCCGCAACCCCAAGCGCAACAACCACAAGAACCCCGCCCCUGGACACGCCUCCCGAAACCCCAAAACAUCGUGCGCUGUCCACCGAUCAACUGGUCACAAUACGCCGUCGUCGGCGACUCCCUCGACAAACUCCACGCCGAACAACUCGCGCGACCAUCCCAAGGGACACCCGCAGUUUUAGGAGCAGACGGACGAUACGAGUUCAAGGCUGGCGCGGGAAAACAGGAGAAGCUCGUCGGCAUCGCGGCGCCGUAUAACCCUGGCAAGGACCGGAUAGAUAAUCGGAAGUCCAAGGUAUUGAAACGCUGAAUUGGAUGAUGGGCUGCGCGUUAGACCAACAUGGUUGUGGCCGGGUUACGUAUGUGACGGCGAGGUGCUUGGCUGGCUACCUACUAGAUCAAGUGAGGCGAGGAGGCAACCCCUGGAGGGAGUAGCCAAUCAUGAAAUUACGGAUUAUGAUGAGCGUUGCUAUUUACGGUCUACAGCAUUGCAUUGUGGCCGACACAUGAUAGCCUUAGAAGCUCUACAUUUUGAAUAGGGACUUGAACAAUGGGCCAGGUGGUUUGGAUGUCCAAGGCUCAUGGUCGUUCGGGACCCAUCAGAAUCGAAAUAUCUUAAUAAGACGAUUCGAUCAGAAAACCUCAAAGCUCGCGAGAACGCUGGCGUUGAUUAUAGUACUGCAUCAAUACAAGGCGACCGCGACAGUGACAACAUCACGAGUAAAAACU